CUGACUGACCCCCAACAAGCCUUCCCAAAACACUACCGGCCCUAUAAAUCCCCACCUCGCCCAGUGCAUUCGACUCGCACAUCGCCUGCUGGACAUCACCUGCGAGGCCUACUUCCACACAGCCACAUCAUAAGAUCCAUCAGCAAUGCACUCCCCACCUUUUCAUCUCCUCGUCUGGCUGGCAGUGACAGCAAUAGCCCAGCGCGGCCCCGGCGAGAUCUGCGCCCCUUACCCGGGGGCCUUCUGCGAGGAAGGGCUGUCGUGUGUUUCGUGCCGUCCGAAUGUACCUGGUGUGCCGGGGGGUGAUGAGUAGCGUUGUCCUUCGCAGAGGGAGAACGAGCCUGGAUAUUUGCUCAUCUGGAUGUGUAGUGUGGUUUUCAUAAUCCGUGCAAGGGACAAGAGUCGUGGUAUCGUGGUUGUUGGUGAGGAGGGAGGGAGGGGAGGAGGGGAGGGAAGAGAGGAGGAAGAGGUCACGAGUGUGGGCGUUGGGCACGACGUAGCGCGGGCCCCGGC